ACGCCCGAUUUGACCCCUGCACACGCCACACUCUUUGCGCUGUCACCUACCUGUCUCAGGCUGUGUCGCAUUCGAUCUCUCUCCCCUAUGGCGGAUCCCGGCGAGGCCGCGACACCCGCCGCCGCGGGCUCCUCCCCGUGGGACGACAUCCCCGACGACUUCUUCCUCUCCAUCUCCUCCCCUUCCCCUCCGCCAGCCCCCGCUCCCAUCCGCUCCACCUCCCCUUCCCCUCCACCGGGGAACGUCCGCUCAACCUCAGCAUCAUCCCUCCCCGCUGUCUCCGCCUCCGCCUCAUUCUCCGGCUCCGUCCACCGCGCGGCUUCCCCUCAGUCCAUCCACCCCAGCCACUCCCUCCCGGCCUUCUCGGCCGCUUCUCACGCCGCGGCAACCGACGUCUGGCCCCCGCCCCCGGGCCCGCACCAUGCCAACUCCCUCCCGGAGUUCGCCGCUUCCGCCUCCGCGUCCGGCGUCCAUUGUCCGCCCCCUCGCGCCGCCGUGCGGAAGGGCCGCCCACCCCCGCUGGAGCUGCGUCCGCGGCCUCUGAGGGAGUCGCAGUCUGGCACCGCCCUCCGCGCGCUCGCCUGCUGCGCCUCCACUCACCUCUGGGCGGCGGGCGAGGCUGGCGUCAGGGUUUGGGACCUCGCGGACGCCUUCCGAUCGUCCCCUUGUCAGCAGCGGUGGGGGGACGAAGCGAGCGCGCCGUUCCAAGAGUCGUGCAGGACGCCGCCGGUGCUCUGCCUCGUGGCUGACCCCUGCCGCAGUGUGGUGUGGAGCGGACAUGCCAAUGGCCGGAUCAUGGGUUGGGGUGCUGAUCCUGGUCCGGAGGCAGGAGAGUGCAUUGGGUGGGAUGCGCACUGUGCGCCUGUAUUCGCGUUAGCCAUCUCUCCGUAUGGUGAUUUGUGGUCUGGAUCUGAAGGGGGAAUAAUCAAAGUAUGGUAUGGAGAAGCAAUUGAUAAGUCUCUUGCUUUACAGAGAGAAGAGAAGUGUAAGACCUCCUUAUUAGUUGAAAGAUCAUUCAUUGACCUUUGGACCAUGGUCAGCGAUGGAGGGGCCUGUCCCUUGCCUGCUGUUGAUGUAAAACUUCUAUUGUCUGACAAUUCUAGAUCAAAAGUAUGGAGUGCUGGUUACCUCUCAUUUGCACUCUGGGAUUCUCGCACUAAGGAGCUCCUGAAAGUGGUAAAUGUGGAUGGCCAAGUUGAUACACGUUUCGAUGUCUUAUCUGCUCAGAGUCAAUAUGGCUAUGAAACGAAACAAAACCUUUUCUCAUCUCCAAGGAAAGAGAAAGCUCGCAGUCCUGUUAAUUUUUUCCAGAGAUCACGAAAUGCUUUGAUGGGAGCAGCUGAUGCAGUUCGUCGAGUUGCUGCUAAAGCGGGAUUUGGAGAUGAUACUCGACGAAUAGAAGCGUUAGCAAUGUCAACGGAUGGGAUGAUCUGGGCAGGAUCUGCAAAUGGCUCUCUUGCUCAAUGGGAUGGUAGCGGUAAUCGUUUGCAAGAGUUCCAGCAUCAUUUAUCUUCUGUUCAAAGUAUUUUGAACUUUGGAACAAGAUUGUGGGUGGGGUACAUGGAUGGCAACAUCCAGCUCUUGGACCUGGAUGGCAACUUGCUGGGAGGAUGGAUUGCACAUAGCAGUCCAAUUCUGUGUAUGGCCAUUGGAAGUUCAUAUAUCUUCACAUUGGCUGGUCAUGGGGGAAUCCGUGGAUGGAAUUUGUCAUCUCCAGGGCCUACCGACAGCAUUUUGUGUUCUGAAUUGGUUGAGAGAGAAACAUCAUACAAAAACUUAGAAUAUAUGAAAGUGUUAGUGUGUUCUUGGAAUGUUGGGCAAGAAAAAGCAUCUCAUGAGUCACUAAGAGCUUGGUUGAAACUCCCAACAGCAGAGGUUGGGGUACUAGUAGUUGGAUUGCAAGAGGUAGAGAUGGGUGCUGGCUUUCUUGCAAUGUCCGCAGCUAAAGAGACGGUAGGUCUUGAGGGAAGCCCAAAUGGUGAGUGGUGGUUAGAUGCAAUCGGGCAGAUCUUGAAAGGCCACUCUUUUGAGCGUGUUGGUUCAAGGCAGAUGGCUGGGUUACUUACUGGUGUAUGGGUUAGAGCAAAUCUUAAGCAGUUCAUUGGUGAUAUUGAAAAUGCAACCGUAGCAUGUGGACUAGGGCGAGCUAUUGGCAACAAGGGAGCAGUGGGAUUGAGGAUGAGAAUACAUGAUAGAAGCAUUUGCUUUAUAAAUUGUCAUUUUGCUGCUCAUGCGGAAGCUGUGAUCCGACGGAAUGAAGACUUUGACCAUGUCUUUAGAACAAUGACCUUUGCUACCCAUUCAAAUGGAUUAUUGACAACAACAGUUUCUAGUUCUGCUGGUCAGCUUCUUCGAGCAAAUGGAUCAAGAAUGCCAGAGUUGUCAGAUACGGACAUGGUUGUCUUUCUUGGUGACUUUAAUUACCGUCUGCAUGAUAUUUGCUAUGAUAUGGCGAUGGGCUUGGUUUCCCGGAGACACUUUGACUGUCUGAGGGAGAAUGACCAGUUGCGAGCAGAAAUGAGAUCUGGGAGAGUCUUCCAGGGAUUUCGUGAAGGAGAUUUCAAAUUCCCACCUACUUACAAAUUUGAGAAACAAACAGCUGGCUUAUCAGGCUAUGACUCUAGUGAGAAGAGACGCAUUCCUGCUUGGUGUGACAGAAUUCUAUACCGUGAUAGCCGAGCUAGUUCGGGAACCGAGUGUUCUUUGGAUUGUCCGGUGGUGUGUUCAAUAUCACUGUACGACUCUUGCAUGGAAGCUACAGACAGUGAUCACAAACCUGUAAAAUGCUUGUUCAAUUUGGAUGUUGCACAUAUUGACAAACAGACAAUGAGGCAAGAAUAUGGGGAGAUAAUGUGUUCAAAUAAGAAAGUGUUGCACUUGCUUCAGGGGCGAGAAGCAUUACUGGAAGCAAAUAUCAGCACUAAUGACAUCGUUCUUCAAGAUCAAAGCCCUUCUGUUUUGAAACUGCAAAAGACACAGCAUUCUACAAAAGACACAGCAUGUUUUGAGAUUAUUGGCCAAUCACGGAAUUCUUCUGGUACACAUGUUACUGGUUUCCCUACUUGGCUAAAGGUAUCCCCGGCAGUUGGUGUAAUUUGCCCUGGACAAACGGUAGAGGUAAUUUUGCAGCAUGGAGGCCUGCGUGGAGCCUCAGGGAAUAGUUUUUCUGAAGCUAACCAAGAAAAGGCAGCAACGUUAUCGGUGAAAAUAACUGGACCAUAUUCCACAGUUGCCAAAGUGUACGAAAUACGUGUACGGCACCAGAAUUGCAGGAGCACAUUUCCUUCCAAGGAGUUAUAACUUUGGUGAUCGAUUCUUUUUAUUGAGUGUGAUUGACUUGUGUGGUUAGUUUUUAGGUUGAUCAAAGUGUGCAUAAAAAAUGUGUAUUGUACAUGCAAAUAUCCUUCCUUGUGCUUUUUUAGUACUGGAGAAAGAACCGAGGCUUUGUACUAUCUCAACGUUCCGAUGUUUUUUAGAGAGAAUUAGUGAAAUCAUGUACAACACACAUCAGCUCAGUUUUUACCAUGGGUUGUGACGUGCUUUGUAAAACUGCAUGUUUACGUGAUGGCAGAUAAAUGUCUAUCCUUAAUUUUGAUUCUAAAGUUGGAGA